UAUUUUUUCAGAGACCUCUAUGGGUUUUGAUAUGAAAGCUCAAUUCGGGAGUAACCCGGAAUAUACUAAAGCCGUAUUCAGGUAUUGUGCGAUGUACUUUUUGCACAUUUAAAUCAUUUUAAUAGAUACAUGAAAAAAAAUACUCAAUUCUGAUUGGCUGUAAGAGUAACGCAAUUUUUAUUAAAACUUUCUUUUUCAUGGCAGUUAAAAAUUAAAUUGUUGCUUGAAGUUACUAUGUACUUCGCAUUGACUGUGGAUUUGCUUCUGCGUUACUUCCUGUAUAUUAUUAAUAAGUAAUAGACAAGUGUGGAAAAGUCAUCGUCUUUGAUCGUCUUUGAAAAUUCACUCAUGCAUAUUUUCCAAAUGGCUCUGCAAACCAUACUAUUACAUAAUACAGUAUACUAAUAUACAUUUUACGAAAUAGAUUUUCCUAAGAAAAUAGCGCAUAAUAAUUCGCAAAAUAUCGUAUUCAUAGUGCAUGAGCAUUAUCUCGCAAGAUAUGAAACACUUGCUUGUUUUCUCUACAAUGUUUCCACUUAUCAUCUUAAUGUUAGAUUUGUUUUCAUACUAUCAUCAUAUACCCUUUAACUUCUCUUCCAUUGUUUUGUCGCUAUAGCAUGUGCGAACUUAUUCAAGAACGUCAAAAAUGUCCAUGGCUAUGGCCAGAUACAAUUUUUAACAUGACGUCUUCGGGAAGAAAGCACAAAAAAGCUCUGGAUAUUCUCCAUGGUUUUACAAACAAGGUACGUUUUAGGAAGAAAGAUUUUGAAAUCCUUUGUCACAAAAUAUAAUGCUAAUAUAUGGCAUGCAAUAGUUAUUGCGAAGACAAGUUAUACAUUAGUAAUGCACAAAAUAUUUAAUUUAAACAAUUUCAUGCAAUAAAAUUAUAUGAAUAUUUAUUUAUCUAUUUUAAUUAAACUUCACUUAAUGAUGCUAUCCCCUUGACUAAAAGCUGGUUUCAAUGGGCGGACUAAAAGCUGGUUUCAAGGGGAGGGCGUCCGGUCUAAAGUUGGGAGGGGAGGGCGAAGUCUAAAGUUUAUCAAUAAUCGCGGGCGCGUGACUAUUGGUCAUGGGUGAGUGCAUGGACCUCACUGAUCUCAGAAAUAUAGCUGUUUGCCAGAAGUGGGAUAAGAAAGAUUUCAAAUUUCAAAAACUUAUAUUUGGACAAUCACGUUUGCACACAAUGGGCUUUGACGCAAUUUUUGUUUGAAGAAAUGAGAAGAAUUGAUUUAGUAUGGGAAAUCGUGAGACAUCGGGGUUUUGCUUUGAAUGUUUAUGAAUUUUGUUGAGCACUUUGAUUUCCUGCGUAAAACAUUCAGCUUUCCUUUUCUUUUUCAAUGAAGCUGUAAGUUCCCUAAAUUACCCUGUUUAAUUUUUAAAAAAAGUAAAACAAUUUGAACUUAUUUUGUUUAAAUUGUUUUAUUAAACAGCUUAUCGGAAAAAGCAGUUUAGUUAUAGUGAACAUUUCAAAACAUUUUACGCAGCAUUUCAGAUGGAAUUUUCGAUCAAAGGGCAAAUUAACAUAUACCUACAGUACAUAUUUCAGAAAUUCAUUGUUGUAUAGUUAAAAGUAGUAGUCUUUUUAAACGAUUUUUCCGUUUUGUACAAGAAAUAUUAAAAAAAUGAAAUUUAAAAAUACCGUGUUUUCAUGGCAACACACAACGCCACAACGCGAGCCUGCGUUCAGUGUUGGCCAAUUAUGAAUACUUCAUGUUAAAUCAGUGUUUUGAAAAUAUAUAGGCGAUCGGAUUAUACUGCAUGCAUGCAUUUCUAGUUUAAGUGAUAAAUAUAAGGUUGCGGUGUGACGCAUUUUUAAAGACAUAAUUCGAUGGAGGCUGCAACAUCAGCCGGAAGUACAGUACAUUUCAUUACUUAACUCUGUAUUUGAACGGGGUUUUUUUAGAAAUUCUCUUUUCGGCAUUGGGAGUCAAAUAUUUAUCCCCGAGCCGGCGGCGCGAAGCGCCGUGCGAGGGUACUAAUUCCGCACGGGUAAUUAUACCCGGGUAUGUGAAAACAUAGCGGAGUGCAAAGUUGUCCUCCAUUUUGUUUAUGUCAUGGACGGUUUUCGACGUUAUGCGCGUGCGCGAGUACAAAUUCUGUCGACUCGAAGUAAUUGUUUUUCAUUUUGAAAGGACGUAUUUUGCUGUUUUACAGCAAUUUUUUGCUUUAAAUUUUGUUAAAACGUUUAUAAAAGUACAACACGACUUUUUCUCGAUUUUAACUGAUAAUAAUUGUUUUGAUGUUUUGAUGUUGAUGUCUUUGAUAAUUUAAUCGUUGUUGUGCCGGUUGUAAACAUUUCAGUAGUAAAAUUCCAUGCCAUACUUGCUUUGUGUUGUCGGUUUUAUUCAUAUCUGCGAAAUUUUUAAGCCAUUCUUAACUCGAUAAUUCACUUUUAAUAAUGCAAUCUGGUACGCAUGAAAUUGCAGUGAAUGUUAUCGUUCAUUAAUAUAAAGCUAGCGCAUCAGUUGUGUUUUUAUGUUUGUUUAUAAUGGUCUUAAUACUUUAUUUGCAGUUUUUAUACUUCAUCUGUUAAGAAAGGCGAGGGGUUGCUGCAUGCAUGUAUUUUCUAGUUUUGUUAUUUCUGAGAUGAUAUGCGCUGUUUGCAUACUCGAAGCAAAAAUUUGUUUCAAAUUGGGAGCGGUGUGGUUAUUAAUGAUUUUAUAAAGAAAGAUACAGAUUUGUGCAGGUCACGUUUUACAUUAAGAGAUUUCCAAGGUCCUCCGCAGAUCUGAUUUCACAAUUGGCUCCAGCUAUUAUUCUUGCUGCACGGUUCUGGAAACUCUGGAACAUAGUCAAAAUAAGAUUGAAUUAGAGCUCUCUAUACAGUUUGCAAGGCUAAUAUAUUUAUAGCAGAUCAAUAAUUGUCAUUCAGAAACGUAAGUAAUUCAACACACUUAUUAUACCGAGAUGUUAAUCCAAACAUUGUAUUUUUAUUGAAGGUAAUCAAUGACCGUAUUGAACAACGGAAAGAGCAUCAAGACACAAACGAAGAUGCUUCAGAUGUCACGGCGAUAUAUUCAUCCAGUAAUCGUCGUAUCCGAGCAUUCUUAGAUCUCUUGCUGGGAGAAUAUGAUCAAGGAAAUAUAACGAAGGAAGGAGUGAGGGAGGAGGUCGAUACUUUCAUGUUUGAGGUAGGAACUUCAAUUUUCAUGAAAUGAUCCACUUUCUCUUGACUUAGUAAAAUAAAGAUUACAUUCCAACCGCUCACUGUUUACAAUUAUAACCUUUAAGGUUUAUACUUGCAAUUUUUGCUGCAAUUUUAGGUGCGAUUUUCCUCUCCUGAUGUAUGUGAACGAGUAGAUGAGUUAUGAAUGUUCACAUGUGGUCCAAUUAUAUUACUCAGAACAUUGCUAACUUAUUUACUCGUUCACAUCCAUCAGAAGAAGAUAAUCAGACUAGAAAUCGCUGCAUUUUAAACCUACAGUUUUAUCUUCCUAGCACCCUUUAUCUCGUAACGACUUACAUCCAAUGCAGAAAAAUGGAUUUUACAUUAAAUCGAAGCUUAUUCAAUACUAAAUAACUACGAUAAAACGACAUUAUUGAUAUUGACAAUCAAAAAAUGAUUGUGUGUAGUUUGUCAUUUGGUAAGAAAAUGUGUGAUUUUCAUAUUACUGUGGCAACCACAAUGUUUGCAGCUGAUGAAAUACUGCAUGUUGAAACAAUUAUGCGCGUCAAAGCGAUAAAAGAGGGCGACGCAUUGCUGCAUGCAUGUAAUUCUACAGUGGUUAUACCUCAAUACCUGAGUUUAUUCUAUUAAGUCCCAGAAAGUCGCAAAUACUGUAUCACAGCACAAAUUUACACUUCCAGGGUCACGAUACAACAGCAGCAUCAUUGCAAUGGGUUAUCCAUCUUGUUGGCCACCACCCUGACGUUCAAUCUCGGUUACAAAAGGAAGUGGACAGUUUUUUUGGUAAGUAAAGUUGAAGGUCAAAUCAAAUUGGAAACCUAUUCAAAAUUAGCUUUGUGUCAUCAGAUGCGAUCACAUGUAAUUUGAUUUUGUCCUCGUGUCGAUUUGUUAGUGUUUUAAUACUAACUUAUGUUACCCCACCGAAAAGUACAAACAAGAAAGCUUUAAUUAUAUCCUAAAAUGAAAAUAAGACAGGCCGAUGUUAGUCAACGGCAACUGACCAGAUUUUGAUUCAAUUAUACGAAUAUGGAUGAGCAAUGAUUCGAGGGCAUUGUGUAAGCAAUGAAAUAUCUGAUUAAUACAGACUGAAAUAUCUGAAUAAGAUAGUACUAUUCUUAAAAGACUAUCGUUUUUAACAGAAUCUAUACCGGUCGAUGGAAAUAUAAAGCCAGAUCAACUCAAGGAUUUAAAUUUUCUCGAAUGUGUGGUGAAGGUAUGUUUCAUUCCUAUAUAA